AAAAAAUAAAAAAAAAAACCAGUAUAAAAAUAUAGUACCUUUUUUUUUUUAUUAGCAAUAACAUAAUGUGAUGAAGAAAAAAUGAAGAGGGUCUUUCAGAAUGUGAGGUCGGUUUACAUAAAUCAUACUUUAUUAAAAUUUAAAAGUCAAACUAUUAUAAAUCAAAGGUUUUAUACUACAACUAUUAAAGAAUAUUCUAUAUCUAAAACGAGGAAUAUUGGAAUUAUAGCUCAUAUCGAUGGAGGCAAGACGACUACAACAGAACGAAUGUUACAUUAUGCAGGCUUCACAAGACGUAUAGGAGAUGUGGAUCAUGGAGAUACAAUCACGGAUUAUAUGAAACAAGAACGUGAACGUGGAAUCUCAAUUACUUCAGCAGCAAUUACAUUUGGUUGGAAGAAUCAUAGAAUAAAUUUAAUAGAUACUCCAGGUCAUGUUGAUUUCACUAUUGAAGUUGAACGUAGUAUUAGAGUUCUUGAUGGUGCUAUUACAAUUUUAGAUGGAGUUUCCGGUGUAGAAGCACAAACUCAAACUGUUUGGGAUCAAGCUGAUAAAUAUGGUAUCCCAAGAAUAGCUUAUGUUAAUAAAAUGGAUCGAAUUGGUGCUGGAUUUGGAAGAACUGUUAAAGAGAUGCGUUAUAAAUUAGGAACAAGACCUCUUGUUUGUCAAUUACCUAUAAUGAAAAAAGAUUCUAUAGGAAAUAAUUUAUUUUUUGGAAUUGUAGAUCUUCUUGAUAUGCAAGUAUUGGAUUGGAAUAAUAAUCCUAAUGGUUCUAUUAUAAAUAAAACUAUUUUAACUGAACAAUAUCCAAUUUCUGGAUUAUUUGAGGAAGCAGUUAAAGGAAGAUCUCAUCUAGUCGAAACUUUAUCUGAAAUUGAUGAUCAAUUAUUAGAAAUAUUUUUAGCAAACGAGGAUCCCAUGAAAGUUCCCGUUGAUGAUAUAAGAGAAGCAUUACGUAGGGUUACUUUGAGUGGAAAAGCUGUACCAGUUUUUUGUGGUGCAUCUUAUAAAAAUAUUGGUGUACAACCUUUAAUGGAUGCUGUGGUUGAUUUUUUACCUUCUCCAUUGGAUCGUUUACCUCCACUAGCCACUUUAUCAGAUAAGAUAGUUGAGAUUCCAUUAAAAGAAAAGGAAAAACUUUGCGCGUUCGCUUUUAAAGUCAUUCAUGAUCAUAAAAGGGGUCCGAUGAUUUUUGUUCGAGUAUAUUCGGGUAAAAUUGAUAAUCGAAUGACAUUAUUUAAUACGAGCUCACGUAAAAGAGAAAGAGUAAAUAAGUUAUUACAAAUGUAUGCUAAUGAUGUGGAAGAAAUACCAUCAAUUUCAGCUGGUAAUAUUGGAGUAAUUGUAGGACUUAAAGAAACAAGAACAGGUGAUACGCUCAUACAAAUUAAUGAUUCACGUCAGGAUCUUAAAUUACAAAGUAUUGAUAUUCCAUCUCCAGUAUUUUUUUACUCUGUUGAGCCAACUUCGAUUUCAGAUGAAAAACCAUUAGAAGAUGCUCUUAAGAACAUGUUAAGAGAAGAUCCUUCUCUUCAUGUUCAUGUAGAUUCCGAUUCUGGACAAACAUUAAUUAGUGGUAUGGGAGAAUUACAUUUAGAAAUUAUUAAAGAUAGAUUAUUAACGGAAUUUAAAGUUAAUGCGGAAAUGGGAAAAAUGCGAAUUUCAUAUAGAGAAACUAUUACAGUAGAACAAUUAGAACAUACUUGUUUAUAUGAUCGUGAACUAAUGGGAAAAAAACAAAAAGCUCAAAUUAGUUUAAUGAUUACUCCACUUCCUGAGAAUGAUAAAGGGAUUUCAGAGGAAGGUGGUAAUAGAAUAGAAAUAAUAAUUGAUGAUUUAAAUUCAGAACAACAAAAUGAAACGAAUAAUCAGAAUUCUUUGACAAAGUUAGAUAAAAUAGAAAUAAGAGAUGCAUUACAUUCCGGAAUUUUAUCAGCCCUUUAUAGAGGACCAAUAUUAGGUUUUCCAAUUACAGGUCUUUAUAUUAAGGUUCAUUCUCCAAAAUUAUUUGGAUUAGAAUCGACCAAGACGGCCAUUAGUGCAUGUGCUUCGCAAGCACUUGGUGAAGCUAUGAAAAAUGGAGCUCCAGCUUUAUUAGAACCUUUAAUGGACGUAGAAGUUGAAGUACCUGAAGAACAUUUAGGUGAUGUACUUGCUGAUUUAACUGGAACAAGAAGAGGAAAUAUUUUGGGAUUAGAAACUUCAGGUCAAUUAAUAGAUUAUGAUCAUUCAAUAGAAAUUUAUGCUCCACCGGAUUCAACAUAUAUUUCAUCAAAUGAGAAACAAAAGGUAAUUGAACCGAAAAGAAUUAUAAAAGCUCAUGUACCUUUAUCUACUUUAUUGGGAUAUUCAUCAUCUUUAAGAUCUUUAACUGGUGGAACCGGAUCUUUUAAUAUGAGAAUACAUUCAUUUGGUAUUAUGAGUGAAGAUAGAGCAAAGUCUGUAAUUACUGAAAUACAAGGUGGAUAUUAAAUAAUAAAAAGAUUUAUUAAAAUCAUAAUAAUUAAUACGGUGUAUAUAAUAUAAAAUUCUAAGUCUAUUAUUCUAUAUUUCCGUCUAUUGG